ACGGAGUAUCGAGUGCAAGCGUGAGCCGAAGGGGUAAUUCAAGUUCAUCAGCCUGAUUUGCGAAAUCAGUAAUUGAAGAGGCAACUAUGUCAUUUCCUUACAAAGGGUGAGGGGCAUUUUGCUCGCUACGGUCAUUAAUUGGGAAAACGUCUAAAUGACAUGGCAGACGUUCUUCAUAGUCAAACUAACGGUUGACUAGUUUUUUUUUCAACAUCCGUCUUUGAGCAAAUUGUUGUAACGUUUCUGGAUACUUUCCCAAAUCUCUGAAAACCUAGGGCGACAUUCUCACCGAUUGUUGCUUCUGUGGCUAGAACUCUGACACUCUGUCAUUGGGGAUCAAUUGUAAGUGAAAUUGAGGUUCUUGAGGGUUAUGCGGUUGUUGGAAUACAAUCAAAAGCCGCAAGACCGUCCCGUCGAAUUCGAAAAGAAAAGGUGCUCUUGCUACGGCUUGUGUCGUCUCUAAAUUCUUGAUUAUCUCUUCCUAUGGCUUUAUGUUUCUGGAAAUUUGUUGUUUAUUAGAUAGCUUAGAUUUUGGGAAUUAAAUGGCUUAGCUUGCGAGUCAAAUAUGUUAACUUGUUGUGUAUCCAUUUUGAAUUUUGCCCAUAGGUAUUAGUGAACAUCAUUUGUGUUCUGGAAUUUAUUGUGGAGCCCAAUUUUGCUGUAAACCAAUCCAAUUAUCGUCAAAGAAAUGUUAUGAAUUGGAAUUUGAGUAUGCAGCAUUAGAAUAAUUUCCGGAAUUUUUUUUUAUUUUUUUCCUUUAACGGUUGUUUGUGCUCAAACUUUGCAAUGUGUAUUAAUUCAUUGGUUGAUGUUCAAGGUAAGUUCCAAAUGAUGCAAGAUAGCAAACACGUUUUCCAGGCAAUGUUCAAGGGAUGAUAGUUUGACUGUCGGUGGGAAAAUAAAGGCUAAAGGUGAAGUUUUAAAGGAGUUUUUUAAGGCGAGGUCUAAGGUAUUGUACAAUGUGUGUUGUUCUCCAAGUUCAGGUAAAUGUUAUGUUGUUGUUAUUGUUUCCAUUUAACGUAUCUUACCCAAAUUCAACAGCCACCAAACUUGAAUUGUCGAGUGGAGAGUUUUGCCAGAAUCUGUCAAACCUUUGACUCACGUAGGAGACGGUGGGUUGCCGAAAUGGGAUUUGGAGGGCUGUUGUAUUUAUCUGGUGACAUGCAUCUUCCAAGGCAGUUGGGGUACUAGUUAGUGACCCGAAUGGAUCCCAUUAGUAAGAUGUUACUAGCCCCGGAUGGAAGGUGUUUAAGGUUGUCUAAAAAUCAAGUUCAUUGGGUCCUUGGCAUCCCUAAUGGAACAAAGAUACUUCCCUCAUGAAAAACAUUAAAGAGUGCACAACGGGAUAAGGUGAAAAAAAUAAUUGCAAAAUACGGGGCAACACGGAAUAAUGGACAACCAGACGUCUUUGAUAAAGUAAGAAUUCCGGUCUACCCUGAGUUAAUGGAGAGGCUUGAGUGUUACUGGGAAGAGAACGAGGAGGAAGAGUUCAAGACACUCUUCUUAUUGAUUGCUUUAGAAAUGUUGUUGUGUCGUACGUUGUCCACUAGAUUGUCUUCUGACCUGGUACCUGCUUUGACAUGUGCUAUGGAAGCCGUUCAAUAUGAUUGGUGCACUCUGGUGCUAUCCAAACUGCUUAGUAGUGUCCGGUCCUUCGCUCGUAGAUUUUAUUCUUAUGGGCAUGCUGGUGGAUGUGGUGGAUGCAUUUUAUUUGUCGUGGGAGGUUGUACAAUGGGGUGUUUUCCCUAGGCUGAAGGUUUGGACCAUGAAGGACAUGUUGAUUGCUAGCAAGGAGGACAGAGCACCCAAUAGAGGUGAUUAUGGAUGCAAAGGGACCCUGGAUGUUGCUUAUGGUGAGAUUCAUCCAAGGCAGGCUAGAGAUACGGAUGGACCUGGUGUUGUAACUAAGGAGAUUAUUGAACAUGAUAUUGAUUUCACAGCGACUCCUAGACGUCGUAGAGGAGCGUCAUCAUCAAAGAUCCCUCGCCAGGAAGCUGGAAACACUUACGCAGUUGAAAGUGCAAGUGUUGUUGCUGUUGUUUCUGAAGAACCGAACCAAACACAUGGCAAAUUAUUAGUUCGGUCCGAUGGUUUACCGCAUGUUGGUUAUUUAGAUGAUUGGAGAAGGUUUCUACCUACAGGAGCUCUCUCCCUGCUACGAAAGAUGAUUUUGGGGGUAAUGAGCGCUUCUAACUAUUGCAUUAUGGGUGAUUGGCCAUUAAUUUUAUCGUCUGCAUUUCUUCAGGUAGUAUCGUUCGAUGGACAAUUAGAUUACAAUAUCGUGAUGCUCCCUUUAUUGUCAACAUUCAUUUGCAAUCCUAGAUGUUCUAUGCUAUUGGUUGUCUCAGAGGACUGUGGAAGAACCUUAAGUUCUGAUCUUGCUCUAUACCGGAUUUGUAUUCCUUUAACGAUAAGCGCCCGAUAUGAAAUGAUGUUGUUAUCUGCUGACUCCAUAACACCAGAUAUCAGUUCUAUCAGUAGACCGUUAAGUUGGUUGACCUUUCUAUUUUGAUAUUAGGUUCAAUCUUAUUGCUUAAUCACAGGAUAUCCUUUUCUGUGACCAGAUGUUAAACAUACAACAAGUUUAUCACGAUAUAUUUGUCUCUUGCGUGAAAGGCCUCACAACUUCCAACCUGUCAAGGAACAUGUUGCUGGUACAAAGGAGUCAUGCGUAAAACUGCAAAACGCCCCUUAACUUAGUUGAGCCCCCCUUGUUUGUGCUAAUUUAGGUAAUUCUUUUAAUAUAUUAUACUAGGCAAUGUAUAACAACUUGUAGUCUUGUACUAUUAUUGUGGUUUUUUUUAUUAGAGUUGUAUUAUUAUUUCUGUACUACAGUUUAUAAUUGAGGCAUUAGUUUAACUCACACACACAAACCAUGUAUUUCUCUACUUUAAGUGCGAUUUGUGAAAACAAAUAUUCAACAGUUAUAUUCUCACUCUAAAAUUUGUCCAACAGGACCUUGAAUAUGAGUAUGGCCCAACCGAAUUAUAAAGCCCAUCCAACUCAUCCUAAGUGAGCCAACAGA